GCAACAAUAAGAGGUCAUAUACACACACAUACACCCUCUCUUUCUGUCUCUCUUUCCCUUUCUCAUUUUCUCUCUCUCUUUCUCACAUUUCACCUUCCUCUUUUUUCACAGCCAUUUAUGAGAUUCCUCUAAAUGGUCUUUUCUCUUCUCCAUUGGAUUGUACAGAUUCCCAGCUGAAAAUACCCAUAAAAAAUUUUUAAUUUCUUGUUGAUUUUUUGGUUGUUUUCUUGCUGUUUUGUUAAUUUUAUUGAACUGUAAGUCAUAUACUCUUCUGGGUUUCUUGGCUUUUGUUCUUAUUUGCAAACUCUGUUUCUGGGUUUGUUGCAGAAAAGCCUUAUAUGCCCAGUAAAAUAUGUGCCAUAUAAGCCUUGAAGAUAACAAACAAAAUUUUAUAGAAUUUUAAUUUUUUUUAAAAAAAAAUUUGCAAACUUUUUGUUAAUAAAUUUAGUUUUUAUUCUUCUUUUUGUGAAUUUUCUUUAAAUUUCAAUUUUUUCACAUAAGGAAAGAGAGAGACAUGGGCAAGCAAGGGCCUUGCUGUCACUGUGGAGUUACAAGCACGCCUCUUUGGCGCAAUGGACCUCCUGAGAAGCCAGUGUUAUGCAAUGCUUGUGGAUCUAGAUGGAGAACGAAGGGAACUCUUGCAAACUAUACACCACUCCAUGCUCGUGCAGACCCUGAUGAUUACGAAGAUCACAGGAUCUCAAGAGUGAAGAGUAUAUCUAUAAACAAGAACAAAGAUGUGAAGCUGCUCAAAAGAAAGGCAAAUUAUGAUAAUGGGGUUGUGGGAGUAGUUGGUCCUGAUUACAACCAAGGUUACCGAAAGGUUUUAGAUGAAGAUACUAGUAAUAGAUCAAGUUCUGGGUCAGCCAUAUCCAACUCUGAGAGCUGUGCACAAUUUGGCAGUGCAGAUGCAAGUGAUUUGACAGGUCCCGCCCAGUCAAUUGUGUGGGACACAAUGGUACCCUCUAGGAAGAGGACCUGUGUCAAUCGUUCAAAACCAUCUCCAGUUGAGAAGCUUACAAAGGAAUUAUAUACUAUUUGGCAUGAACAACAGUCUUCAUGCUUCUCUGGAUCAUCUGAAGAGGAUUUGCUUUUUGAGAGUGAAACACCAAUGGUUUCUGUUGAGAUAGGACAUGGAAGUGUUCUCAUUAGACAUCCAAGCUCAAUAGCUCGAGAUGAGGAAUCUGAAGCUAGCUCCCUGUCUGUUGAGAACAAACAAUAUUCGACCAAUGAAGCUUAUUCACAUUCUGCGAUCCUUCCUGUACAUAAUGAAAACAGAAGUGUUAAUAUAUCAAGUCUUGCAAUCGGAAAAGCUAAGAACCCUACUGGACCAGGGAUGCAACAAGAGCAACUUAAGAGGGACAAAACUCCGCAUGAAAGGGCACAAGUCUUGGGAAGUCAUAAUUCACCGCUGUGUAAUGUUGAUUUAAAUGACAUUCUUAAUUUUGAGGAGUUUGCAAGAUCCUUAACUUAUGAGGAGCAGCAGCAGUUGCUAAAAUAUCUACCUCCUGUUGAUACUACUCAACUGCCAGACAGCAUCAAAAGCAUGUUUGAUAGCAAUCAAUUUAAGGAAAAUAUGUCUUGCUAUAAGCACCUGCUCAUGGAAGGGGUCUUUGACCUCUCCUUCUCAGGAGCAAAAACUGAAGACUGUAAUACUUUGAAAAGGCUGACACUAUCCAAUCUGUCAAAAUCCAAAUGGGUGGAGCAGUAUCAUCAGCUCAAGAAGUGUAAAAAUAGUACGGGGAAAUCUCUUGUUGGAAGAGGACCAAACCUUGUUACUUCGUGCAAUUCAAUUACUGCGAAGCGAUCUCGUGAAAGCCUAGGUCAAAAAAUUCCAGAAGUAAAGACAAUGAAGAGUCCCAAAAGAAUUAACAUGAAGGCUACUUAUGAAAACAAAGAAAUCAUGGACAAUGAUUGCUCUUGCUUUAGUCCAAGAAGUCUAUUUGCGUUGCCUUCUGAUGGUGGCACCCUCAUGCUGGAUUCUCUUAAUUAUGUUGAUGAAAGUUCGGAUCAGGAUCUGCUGCUGGACGUGCCAUCCAAUGGUUCAUUUCCACAAGCAGAGCUCCUUCAUCCAGCUUUAAGUUUUGGGCAGCAGGCAAGUACUAGCAGUAGCUCAACACACCCGCAUCUAGUUCGUCCCUGACAAAUGUUUGCCAAGACUUUGAUCAUUAGGGCUAUGAAUAGGUUCACCUUUUGCCAAAUUCCGCAACUAGGUACAAUCUGUGAAUGAGGUUUGAUGGUUGCUGUUUCUUUUUCCCUUUGAUCUUUGCAAACUUGGUAUGCUAAGGGACAAAUUUUGGAUGGGGUUUUUUUGUAUAGGUUGAUAACAGAUUGUAAUAUAUAGCUAAAAAUGCACAAGAGUUGGUGAUUUGAAGAGUGGUGUAUGCAGUUUUAGUCUUGUUAUUGCAAAAUAACAUAGAGAUAACUCUCUCAUUGGCUUGUCUUUACAAACCUGUAAUAUUGCCAAGUGAGGGGAAAUAUAAAAAAAAAAAAAA